AUGGUGCGCAUGCAUGGUAAUGGUCAUGGCAAGGCUGCAUCGGCCUUGCCGUACCGCCGGACACCACCGACGUGGUUGAAAUCCUCCAGCCGGGAUGUUAUCGAUGCCGUUUGCAAGUUGGCAAAAAAGGGGCUUUCACCAAGUCGUAUUGGCAUGCAACUUCGUGACUCGAUGGGUAUCGCGCAAGUGAAAAAUGUGACGGGCCGCAAAAUUUUACGCAUUUUAAAGCACAAGGGCAUGGCGCCUGAGAUCCCUGAGGAUUUGUACUGCUUAAUUAAGCGGGCAACUCAAAUGCGUAAGCACCUUGAGCGCAACACGAAAGAUAAGGAUACGAAGUUCCGUCUUAUUUUGGUUGAGUCCCGCAUUCACCGCCUUGCACGGUAUUACAGACGCGUGAAGCAACUUCCACCCACGUGGAAAUAUGAGUCCAGCACGGCUUCAGCCAUGGUUGCAUAA